GCUCUUCUUCUUCCUCCCUCUCUCUCAGCUGCUCCGGUAUUGUCUGCUAUUCUCUUUUACAUCUGUCAUGGCGAAAGAGAAUCUGAAGUCUCUCAUCACAUCUUUCACUCCCAAAGGUGACUACUGCGCCAUUUUGUCCCCCGACGGCAUCGUUAAGCUCUGGAACACUAGUGAUGGAAGUCUAUUAGCAGAGUGGAAGCAUGCAGACUCGGUUACAGAUUUUAGUUUUUCUUGUAUGGCUUGUGGAUUCGUUGGGAAGAAGCGCAGAAAAGAACAAGGUAUUUGCUUAAUUGCUCUUGGCACAACAAUUGGGGAUGUUUUAGCUAUCAACGCUUUCACCAGUGAGGUGAAGUGGAAAUCUAUUGGUUGCCAACCUGGGGGAAUCGCCAGUCUUUCUUUUGCAAAUCAAGGCCAUCUUCAUGUAGUUGGUACUAAUGGUAUGGUAUCUGAAAUGAACUCAGAAACAGGAGAACUUGUAAGGGAGAUGAAGAUUACGAAGAAGUCCAUCUCUUCAUCUGCUUGUUCGUUUGAUGAGAAGAUUGUAGCUGCGGCUGGUGCUAAGAUACAAUUAAAAAGUUUGCAAAAUGGGAAAGAACUGCUAAAAUUUUAUUCUAAUCUGGGUCCCGUGCAGUAUAUAUCUCUAUCCGAUGAUGCCAUUUUCAUUGUUACAUCAGGAUUUGGCGAGAAACACCUUCAAGUGUGGAUGUGUGAUUUGGGCAACAAAACUGUGAACAAUGGGCCUGUUCUUUCGAUGAGGCAUGCUCCAGUAGCACUUGAAUGCAAGAAUGGUUGUAAUGGUUUAGUUGUCCUCUCAGUUUCAGAGUCAGGCGUAGCUUAUGUCUGGAACUUGAAAACCGUCUCUGAGCAAGAUACAAAUCCAACUAAGAUUACUGUUAAAGCCAACAAGGACAAAACAGACCCGCAUGCCAGUGGAAGAACUAGGAAGAGCCGCACUACCAUCAUUGCUGCCAGAUUACAUUCAUUAGAGAAGGAUGGGCGAGUAAGAGCCCUUAUCGUAUAUGGUUCAACAGAUUCUCCUCAGUUUAGUGUAGUGGACAUUACUAGCCCAGGGGAAGAUAUCAUCAUAGCUGCCGGAAAUGAGACGGUGAAAGCAGUUAAUACUGAUCAAGAAAAUGGUGUUCCUUCUGGAAGGGGUCUACCUGAUAUGGAGUUAGAAGCAGUAGCUGGGUCCAUCAAAAAAGAAAAAACAAACAAGAAACGAGCCGCAUCUGAUCCAGACUUUUCAAAAACAGGAGACUUAAUUGAUAAUGGUCAUGGAGAACCUACAAAUGGAGUUGAAAUUGAUUAUGAUAUAAAUGAGCCUACGAUGGGUGAGAAACUUGCGAGUUUAAAUCUAAUAGCUAACAAUGAAGUCAAGGGCAUUGAGAAUUUAGGACCUUCUCCACAAACAAAGCCUCCAAGUGCAGAUUCAGUUCAUGUUCUGCUUAAGCAAGCGCUACAUGCCGAUGAUCGAGCGCUUCUGUUAGAUUGCUUAUAUAGGCAAGAUGAGAAGGUAAUUAGAAAUUCAGUGGCACUUUUGAAUUCAUCUCAUGUUCUCAAGCUUUUGGAGUUCCUCAUAUCUAUAAUCCAGUCUAGGGGUGCAAUACUGGCUUGUGCCCUUCCAUGGCUAAGAAGUUUACUUCUUCAACAUGCAAGUGGAAUAAUGUCUCAGGAGUCUUCUUUGCAGGCCCUCAACUCCUUUUAUCAGCUCAUUGAAUCCAGAGUUUUGACUUUCCACCCCGCACUUCAACUAUCAAGUUGCUUAGACUUGCUUUAUGCAGGGACUGUUGAUGACGAAGCAGAUGAAAAUGACACGAUAACACCUGCUAUUUAUGAGGACAAUGGUGAAAGUGAUGUUGAGGGAUCCGAAGAUGCCAUGGAAACUGACACCGACCAACACAGCCAAGAAGUUGAAACAUUCAGUGAUGUCGAGGGAAUUGAUGUCAUGAGUGAUUAAUCGAUAAUGGGAGACCAUAACUAGUUUGAUGAAUAUCAGGUACACAAGCUGUGUUGAACUGUUCGGGCAGUGGAGCGGCAGAGAGGAGCCAGUGGAUCCAGAGUUCUCACUUGAGAGAAUAUCAAUUUAAGGUUCACCACGAGCAACAACCGAGUAUCCAUGGCUUAGCCGAUGAAGGGCAUUCUCCACCUAUAUUUGCUGUAUGUUUCGGAAGCAGUAUGUCAGCGCUGUGUGGACAUCCGGAGCCAUUCAAGGGUGUUUUAUUGAUGUUGUUUUCGGCAUUCUGACAUAGCAUGUUUUUGGGAUCAAGUGAAACAUAACAUUAUUUGUGUUGUUCCCAUCAUUGCAAACACCGUGAGCUUUUGUUUAUCAUUUCAAAUGCUGAGAUUAUUGUAGGCUUUUAGCCAAGGAAAUUGUGAUUAAAACAUAGACUUCACACAGUUAAUAAGAAUUA